AUGAUUGAUGACACUGCUCCCACAGUUCCACCUCCACUUCCCCUUCCAUUCCAUCGCGUAGUCCUGCAGCUGCCGGCAUCCUGCUACCGCCGUCGCCGCCGCUUCGCUUUGAGACGGAAGGUUGCCCCGCGAGGCGACGAGCCGAGAAGGGUUUCGCCGUCCGAGAGGGGUCACCUCACCUCUUGCUCUGCCCCGCUCCGAUCCAGCAUAUUUGCGCAGAUCAUUAAGAAUCGAAGGAACUUCAAUUUUAAGGCUAUUGAUGUGGACUCUUUGAAUUCUUCGCAGAUUUUUCAAGUCCUUUUGGUUUUCGCAACCAUUGUUGCUCAGACCCAAUGGGCUAGUGUGCGGGGCAUGUACUGCGAGGACUUGACAGCAAGUGUAGAAAGGCCACACAGUGCCUCAAUAACGGAUUUUGGUGCUGUUGGAGAUGGUGUGACUCUUAACACGAAAGCAUUUCAGAAUGCACUCUUCUACCUCAAUUCAUUUGCAAACAAGGGUGGGGCGCAGCUGUUUGUGCCUGCUGGAAGGUGGAUGACUGGGAGUUUUAGUUUAAUCAGCCAUCUCACACUCUCACUGGACAAGGAUGCAGUAAUUCUUGGAUCACCAGACUCCUCUGACUGGCCAGUUAUUGAUGCUCUUCCAUCCUAUGGGCGUGGUAGAGAACUCCCCGGUAAAAGACAUCAAAGUUUAAUAUUUGGAUCUAAUCUUACUGAUGUAAUAAUAACUGGUGCCAAUGGCACUGUCGAUGGCCAAGGUGCAGUUUGGUGGGACUGGUUUCACAACCACACAUUGAAUUAUACUAGACCACCGCUUGUUGAACUGAUGUACUCUACCAGAGUUGUUAUUUCCAACCUAACCUUUAUAAAUUCGCCAUUUUGGAAUAUCCAUCCUGUAUACUGCAGCCAAGUCCUGGUCCAGCAUCUCACAAUCCUAGCACCUAUCAGUUCACCAAACACUGACGGCAUUGAUCCAGACUCAUCUACAAACGUCUGCAUUGAAGAUUGUUACAUCAGAAAUGGCGAUGACAUUGUUGUCAUCAAGAGUGGGUGGGAUGAGUAUGGCAUCUCUUUUGCUCAUACUAGCUCCAACAUUAGCAUCCGCAACAUCACAGGACAGACAAGGAACAGCGCUGGACUCGCCUUUGGGAGCGAGAUGUCAGGUGGUAUAUCAGACGUUCGAGCAGAGGGCAUCCGGAUUGUCAACUCAGUGCAUGGGAUCAGAAUCAAGACAGCCCCAGGGCGUGGGGGAUAUGUGAAGAACGUGUAUGUAGCCGAUGUGAGCUUUGACAACGUUUCCAUAGCCAUCAGGAUCACUGGAAACUAUGGUGACCACCCCGAUGAUAGCUACAACAAGAGUGCACUUCCCACCAUAAGCAACAUAACUAUCAAGGACGUUGUGGGUGUCAACAUUGGUGUUGCAGGAAUGUUGCAGGGCAUCCCAGGGGAUAACUUCAGCAAUAUUUGCUUGUCAAAUGUGUCUCUCAGUGUCAGAUCUACUGAUCCAUGGAAUUGUUCACUUGUCGAAGGGUUUUCGAACUCUGUGUCACCAGAGAUAUGCGAGCAACUAAGAAUCACUCCAGGGCCCAGACAAAUAUGCUAUGGCGGUAAUUAUCCAGCCGCUGCAGCACAACCACAGCCGCCGCAGAAGUCAAGUGCUAGCCGGCUGGUAAAUCCUUUCCUUUCGAUAAGUUGGUUUCUAUGUAGGUAG